AUGAGCAAUUCUCAUGUUUGGAGUCAGCCGGCCGGCAGCGGCAGUGGUAAUAAAGACGAUCCGGGUCCCAAAGAUCAUGAGAAUGGAGAAAAUGGUUCUUCGGAACAACCGGGCACCAUUACUGGUUUAACCUCCGUUGUUCAGGGUAGCCUUCCUAUGAGCUCUCCAGUUUCCUCGGAGCUGCCAAAACAGAAUCUAGAGGUGAACGGUGAGCAUAAACCACAUGUUGUUCUGCCUUCUAUAUCAGAUUUAAGCGGUGAAACAUCCCAAGCUACCAGGAUUGCUGGUAAUCUUGCGGAUGUUCCCCCAAAGGACAGUCCUGUUUCAAAUGCCAGGGUGACAAUUUUACCGCACCAACCGUUGCGACUACCCUCGGUUCACUCCACCUACAACAGCCCGCCAGUAAUACCUGCAAUGCCCGAAAAUCGAAGCCCUGUGCACGACACAAAUGGUCAGAAAUUGGAAGUCACGAAUGCGAAUAUGAACAAUGGAGUUAAAUCCAGUCAGGCUACUAACACAGGCAUAUCGCUGGCAAACUUUGAUAAUCCAAUGCCGCCAUCACAAUAUCAGACAGCCUUGCCUAACUCUAACUUUCAGCUGUUACAGCCCACCGCUCAGCAGCAGCAGCAGCAACAGCAACAGACACAAGAUGUCUACUACCGGCCAUUGAACGUUAAAGAUGCUCUUUCGUAUCUCGAGCAAGUGAAGUAUCAAUUUAGCUCCAGGCCGGAUGUUUACAACCAUUUCCUCGAUAUAAUGAAAGACUUUAAAUCACAGGCUAUCGACACCCCUGGGGUCAUUGAGAGAGUCUCUUCUCUGUUUAAAGGGUAUCCUAACUUGAUCCAAGGCUUCAACACUUUCUUACCUCAGGGCUACUGGAUUGAGUGCUCUGCUAAUCCCGAUGAACCCAUUAGAGUUACAACUCCAAUGGGUGCAUCCUGCGUGGCGGGAACUAUGGAGAAUGCAGGGCAAAGUUUUCAAGCACAGCCACGAGCACGUCAAAUGCAGCAAUUGGGGUCAAAGCAGGAGCAAGCGACUAGCGUUUCCCAAGGCGACCGUCAAGCGGCAGUUGAAUCCGUAGUGCCAACCAUCAAUCCUAAUUUAAACGUGUCCAAUCCAGCUCAACAUCAAUCUCAGCAACAAAUUCAGGAUUUCCAGGUGCCUUUACAAGCGCCACUUGGGCAAUCCCUUCAAUUGCAGGCCAAUGAUCAGACAAAAAAAACAGCUGAUGUUGAAUUUAGCCAGGCUAUCAACUAUGUGAAUAAGAUCAAGAACAGGUUUGCAGAUAAACCUGACAUUUACAAAAAUUUUCUGGAGAUUUUACAAACAUACCAAAGGGAGCAGAGACCUAUCAACGAGGUGUACGCACAAGUCACGGUAUUGUUUCAGAAUGCGCCGGAUUUGUUAGAUGAUUUCAAGAAGUUUCUGCCCGAUUCCUCUGCAACUUCCGGACGUGAACAGCAGCAGCACCAAGCACCAAGCUUGAUGCAGCAACCUCAGAUAUAUGGCUUUGGCUCCUACUACAAUGAGACAAGUCCUCCAACGUCGCGUCAAAAUCUGCCACCUUUAGGCAGCUUCUCUCCCCCUUCUAACGGAACUAUUCCGCAUACUUACUAUCGUGAACAGCAACCACGUCCUGUCGGUUUACCGCCUGUGCCGCAGGUUGAAAGUCAUCUUGAGCCAAAACUAUCGCUUCAGCAUGCUGCAGGAAUAUCCGGAGAACCACUACCCAUGUCUAACUUGAGAUCGCAAAUUGCUGGUCAAAGCCCGUCAGAGUUCGCGCAGAUUCAGCAGCAGCAGUUACAGCAAAUGCCCCUAGCAGAGCAGUCGGUCAACCAACAGGAGGCGCAGUUUCUCGAUGUUACUGUAAGGCCAGAAAUCGACCUGGAUCCUAGCAUUGUGCCUGUCGUUCCAGAGCCUACGGAGCCUAUCGAAGACAGUCUCUCGUUUGUCGAAGAAACAAACUUCUUUGACAAGGCCAAGAAAUUUAUUGGGAAUAAACAGGUAUACACCGAGUUUUUAAAGAUUUUGAAUCUUUUUUCUCAAGAUCUUUUGGAAACAGAAGAGUUGGUUGAUAGAGUAGAGCACUACCUGGGCGGCAAUAAAGAGCUCUUUACGUGGUUCAAGAACUUUGUUGGCUAUCAGGAUAAGCCUAAGCACAUAGAGAACAUCGUUCAUGAGAAGCAUCGCUUGGAUUUGGAUUUAUGCGAAGCUUGUGGCCCCAGCUACAAGAAGCUGCCGAAGACCGACACUUUCAUGCCCUGCUCGGGACGAGAUGAGAUGUGUUGGGCGAUAUUGAACGAUGAAUGGGUUGGUCAUCCGGUUUGGGCCUCAGAAGACUCGGGUUUCAUUGCUCAUCGUAAGAAUCAAUAUGAGGAGACACUAUUCAAGAUUGAGGAAGAAAGGCAUGAGUAUGACUUCUAUAUUGAGUCGAAUUUGAGAACUAUUCAAACGCUGGAAACGAUUGCAAGCAAGAUUGCCAACAUGUCGGAGGAGGAGAAAGCCAGUUUCAAACUACCGCCUGGUUUAGGUCAUACAUCUUUGACAAUUUACAAGAAAGUAAUUAGGAAGGUUUACGACAAAGAGAGAGGUUUUGAAAUUAUAGAUGCAUUACACGAAUACCCAGCUGUCGCUGUUCCGGUGGUCUUAAAGAGGCUGAAGCAGAAGGAUGAAGAAUGGAGACGAGCUCAGAGAGAGUGGAAUAAAGUUUGGAGAGAACUGGAACAGAAAGUCUACUACAAGUCGUUAGAUCAUCUUGGUCUCACAUUUAAGCAAGCGGACAAAAAGCUUCUGACAACUAAGCAGCUUGUGUCAGAGAUCAGUAGCAUAAAGAGUGACCAGACCAACAAGAGAAUGCACUGGCUGACUCCGAAACCAAAAAGUCAAUUGGAUUACGAUAUUCUCGAUAAAGAAGUGCUUUUCGACAUUUUAUGUCUGACCGACGUCUUCAUUAAUCAUAGCUCGAAUUAUUCAAAUCCCGAUAAGGAGCGUUUGGGGGAUCUCUUUAAAGUAUUUGUGUCAUUGUUUUUCUCAAUACCUCUUGAAGAAGUGAACAUUGCAAUAAAGUCCCGAAAUAACGAUGGUAACAACGUAGAACAACCCGAUGAAACAGAGACCGGUCGUGCUUCAACAGGUAGCAAGCGUUUCCGAGAGGAUGAAUUGCAGCUGUGCGAUAUUCUUCAUAGGGCUAAAUAUCAGAAGCUGAGAAAUCGCUCAACAGAUGAUGAAGCAUCAGAGGGUAGCGGCAUGGAUGUUGAACCUGAGUUCGAGGGAGAGGACGAAACAAUUAAGCAAGAAGCCAAGAAACCUUGGCUAUUAGGGAAUCUUGUAGAUGAAGUCAAUGCUCAAGGAUUGAUGAGCAACCGCAAAACAUUUAACCUUAUUGCCAAUACCAAUAUCUAUGUUUUCUUCAGGCAUUUGACGACUCUUUAUGAGAGGUUGUAUGAGGUGCGCAAAAUAAACGAAGAAGUCACGAAAGAAAUCAACAGCAGAAAGAUUGUUCAAUUUGCAAAGGAUCUGAAUUUAAUAUCGCAACAGCUCAAGGACAUGGGUCUCGAUUUUGAAGGAGCCGAUGCUUAUGAGCAGCUUCUACAUUUGUGCAAACGGCUCAUUGAAGGUGACAUCGAACAUCAAUGGUUCGAAGAAAGUCUUCGCCAGGCCUAUAAUAACAAGGCAUUCAAAUUAUACACUGUUGAUAAGGUUCUGCAGUCAUUGGUGAAACAUGCACAUGCUAUUCUCACUGAUUCAAAAACAUCCCAAAUAAUGAUACUUUUCGAAAAGGACAGAAAUCAGAUAAACACAAGCGCUAAGGAUCAAAUAUUGUACAGAUUGCAGGUACGUUCUUACAUGUCGACCUCGGAGAAUAUGUUCCGCAUAGAGUACAAUAAACAGAAGAGACAUGUUUGCAUACAGUACAUCGCGAUUGAUGAUUUGACGUUAGCAGAACCGAAAUCUUUGGAGGAUAAAUGGAAAUAUUAUGUCACAUCCUAUUCGUUAUCGCAUCCUACAGAAGGAGUUUCCCAGGAGGAGCUUCAAGUUCCGUUUCUGGAAAAGAUAGUGGAAUCUGAGGAGGACCUUGGAAGCGAUGUCGAUAACCCAAACGAGAGACAUUCUCCUGAGGGCGUGUCUAAAUCUGCUUUGAAAAUUCAAAUCGAUCCCGAGACUUAUCUACUGAAGAUUGAGCCGGGAUCUUUCGAUGUCUUUUCUCGCAAGUCGAUUAAUAAAUUUCCAGAGGAGGCAGGCAGUACUCAAAUUAAGUUACAAAAGAAGAAGGCAAAACUAAUCAAGUUCUUGGAGGGAACGAAAGGAUGGAAACAGAGCUUGACUGAUGUACAAAGAAAAGAGGUAGAAGCCAGGCUAGCUUACAUCAGAAAGCAUGGCUCAUUCGAGGGUUAUACUUCAAAUGUCUCAGGUGAAGACCGAAUGGCUGAGAAGGCCUCCCUCGGGAUUGCAAAGCCGACUGAGCAAGCUGGCUUCAUGAAUAGAUCCCCAGCUAACAAGGGCAUCACUGAGGUUGAAGAUAAGGAGAAUGAUACCACGGCAGAUGAAGUUGACACCGAGGCCCCAGCACACUGA